AUGACACAACAACGGAAGAAGGUGGAGAAGGAGAGUACGCCGGAGAGCAGCUCGCUCACGGUCCGUGCGACGACGAUGCUCGCGGUUCCCUCCUCCAUCUUUGGCGGCUCCAACGGCGCACCAACAUUUCCGGCAGCAGCGACGGACUUCGUCAUCACAUGCAAAGGGAACGUCGGCGGCGCAAGAUGGUGGUUUGGUAAUGCUCGUCGACAAGGCAGCAGGCGGAACCGGGCUGCCGGGCUCGGUGAUGUAACCGGUGGCUGA